UUUCUGCAGGAAAUCACAUGGAGGUGCUCUUGCGCUCACAUGACAGUCCGGUUGAACCAUGGCUGUAGAGAUCAAUGAAGGCUCGGUUCCUGCCUAUUAUAGAGAGGUAUACGAGGCCGUCUGCAGCCAGAACGAUGAGAAGGUUCAGGGUGAUGUGUUUCAAAGGUUGCUUGAGAGCACCAAACUCUCCAAGGGAGUCCAAGCCCAGAUCACCGAGCAUGUUGAUGCGGCCGCCAAUGGCUUCCUGAGCAAGUUGUCGCUGUACAAAGCACUGGCUUUGAUUGCCAUCGCUCAGCAAGGAAAGCAGCCGAGUCCCAAAGCCCUGGAUAGCUACAUACAAGAGCUUCCGAAGCCUCAACUGGGGGAGCCCAGGGACUUGCGCUCUUUGAGGAUGCAGCCGGCACAAGAGGACGAGUUUACGCUGUCUCUGAACGUGGAUGGAAUGCUGGAGGGAGACGCGGUCAAGGUGAAACUCAUUCCGGAGAAGAAGGGCUUAUUUCUCAAGCAUGUGGAGUACCAGGUCACCAGCCUGCAAUACAAAAUGUCAGUUUAUCGACGCUACAGUGACUUCGAUGUCUUCCACGAGAUCCUUCUUCAGAGAUUCUCAUACAGAGUGGUGCCUUCGCUUCCGCCUAAAAGAAUGUUAAAAGGAGUCCUGACGUCAGUUUCCGAGCAGGAUUUCAUUGAGGGGAGGAGACGGGCACUGUCCAGAUUCCUCAAUCUGGUGGCGCAGCACCAUAUCUUGUCAAAAGAUGAAUUAGUCAAGACCUUCCUCACUUUCUCCGGCUCUGAUGUCCAGAUUAGGCUGCGUGACGCUUAUAAGAAAAUGGGGGAUGAGUUCAUGACCAACAGAAUUGCAACGCUGGCAAAGGAAUACCUCCCUGCAGACAUCCAAGUGCAGUUCACUGCAAGCAGAGAGCUGAUCAAGAACAUCCACAACAGCUUUUACAAGCUGCGCGAGCGAGCUGAGAAGAUUGCCGAGCGCUCCAAGGGAAACGCCAGUGACCUCCUCAUGUUUGGCAAUGAGCUCAGAACACUGGGCUCACAGACGGUUCUCCCGCCGUUGGCCUCGUCACAGAGCACAUGGGGACGCCUGUGUCAGAGUUUGAAAAGUCUAUCCGCGGAAUUUUCUGUGCUCUCAGAAAAAGCGGCUGUGCAGGGCAGACGGGAAGAGGAUGACGUCGUGGAAAGACUGAAUCUUUUUCUUGAUUUGCUGCAGUCAUACAGAGACCUGUGCGAGCGCCACGAGAAGGGCGUGCUCCACGAGCAUCAGCGGGCCCUGCACAAGUAUGGCGUGAUGAAGCGGCAGAUGAUGAGCGCUACUGCACAGCCCAAAGAGCAGAAUUCAGUGGAGCAGCUCGAAUCGCGAAUCGUUCAGCAAGAGAAUGCCAUUCAGGUCAUGGAGUUGCGUAACUACUUCUCGCUGUUCUGUCUCCACCAAGAGACGCAGCUCAUCUUCAACUACCUGCCCAUCACGUCCCACAUCCUGGGAGCCUUUGUCCACUCCCAAGUGCAAGGACACCAAGAGAUGGGUGCGGUGUGGAAAGAACUCCAGCCAAAGCUCAGCUGUCUCUUUGGUGAAAAAAAUGGUGUGAAAUAA